GCUUCGUCGCUAUUUCACACCGAACAAGAAAGGCGAUGUCGCAGCGAGCAAGGAGGCACAAGCGCUGUACCGGGAUCCUACAAAGCGACCGAAGUUGGCGCAGGCCCUCAGAGAUCAGGGUACCUUUGCGGCUGUUGAAGCCACAGUUCGUCAGAUCUAUCGCCAGCAGGAACAAUCUAAGAUUGAGGGUGGGUGGCACAACUCUGUAACCUUGUCACAACUUGGUUGGACAGAGGAAAUGAUUCGCAAUGCACGUGCCUGGGCUACAUCUCGUGGCUUGAUCAGGAAGAAUGAGAUUCACCAGCUUGAGGAGUUCAAGAUUCCUACAAGUAGUACGUACUCCUGGGAGGAAACAAAGUGCAAGGAAUCGAUUGGCAAGGUUGAGAUGGACGUUGAAGAUCCUGAUGGAUCCAUUCUGGACUUUGGUGAGAUCACUGCAGAAUCUGCUUUACAGCAGCACACCGGGGAGGGCGAGGGUGCUGGGAACAUGAUGGCAGCUCAGAGUGCGCAAUCAGCAAAGUUGAAUGGAUUACCUAUGGUUCAACAGAAUCAAGACCCUUACAGCUACAUUGGCUCCUUCCUUGACCAAAUGGGGAAAAAACUUGAUAAGAUCGAUGAGGUGAAGGCUGGUUCAGGGUGUGUGAUGUUCAAUGCAAUAUGUUAUAUAUAA